GAUGCUUUUAGUCAGUAUGUAUCUGUGAUUAGAAAACCGAAUACGUCCAAUUCAUGCGACUUCAAACAUCACAUCGGUCUUGUGGAACAUUUUUUUAAUCUUAUUUUCACCGAGUUUCAUAAAAAUCCACCCGUUUGCGUUUGUGUACAAAUGUGUCCAGAACAUUCGAUGUAUUGCUACCCGAGUGGUUGUAUGAAAACGAACGACAUGCGGAAAAAGUAUUCAAAUGCUCCGAUAGUACUUCCUCCAACUCGUACAGAAUUCAAUGAUACAGUGAAAUCUUCUUACCUCGUUGAUAACGGCGAAGAACAAACUAAGAAUAAUUAUAUUGAUGAUUUUCUAGAUGGAAAUCUUGGAAUAAAAAAAGCUAUAGGUGAAGACGACGUUAUUAAAAAUGAAAUGUUCAAAACAAAUCCUCUUAAAGAUCGAUAUAAGAUGGUAUUUAAAUAUAAGAGAAUACCUAAAGUUGAAAUGAGAUAUAAUUUAAGAGAACAAGUGAAAAAUGUUAAAACUGAUAAGCAAAAACAUGAAAACUAUGAUAUGUCAAAUCAAAGAUGGCCGAAAGGGAAACAUUGGAUACAUAGUAGACAAUUAGUUGAGAGUAUUCCACCGCUCAAAAUUGAUGAAAAUAGAGCUAAAAAAUAUUACAUGUUCACUGAAAACGAUCCUACAAAGUAUACUUCUCCGAAAUAUUUUAAAAGAGAUGCUUCAAAGUUUACGAAUGAAGAAGCAAUUAAUGUUGAAACUUUAUAUAUUUAUCAAACUGACACUGAUAGUCCAAACAUGUCCGUGGAGUCCGUGAUAGAUAAUUUAAUAGAGAGUAGUUUCGAAGGGCUUACAAAUCUAGUGAGUAUGGAGGCAAAUAACACUUUAAAUCAAUCAGUGGAUGAAAAAACAUCAACAGAUUCAAGUUUCUAUCGAGCUAAAAAUGCAGUUUUUAAAAAUGGAACAUAUGUUAAUACGACAGAGUUCAGGGAUUCUCUGAAAUUUUAUUUUACAACUACUUCUCCUCCAUUGGAUGAAACAACAAUACAAAAUGAUAAUGUUGACGAUCCCAAUAUUAUUCUACAAAGCAAAGCUAACUUUUUAGACGUCAUCGCAAAAAUGUCUAAUAAAAUAGAACAACAAAAUAAUGCGUCAAUUGAAAUAAUUAACAGAAUGACUGGACAUAAUAAUUUAAAACAUUUUACACCCAGGUUAAGAUAUAUUGAAGAAAAAAAUAAACAAAACGUAAGUAAAGUCACCAAAGAUAUUAAAAAAUCUACAGAAACACCAAGUGUUAAAAGAGAUAUAACAAUACUGGCCUUAAAUAGUUCACUAGAAGAAAAAGGAAAGAAAAACAAUAGUGAUAAUGUGUAACAUAAUUGAUUAGAUUCUUAAUAAAAUAUUUAUCAUAUAG